AUGUCCGGCCAACAACUCAUCAAACUCUUUGACCUACGUUCGACAUGUACCCCUCAGACGUGGUCGCCUUUCACCUGGCGAGCAAGGUUCGUGCUGAACUACAAGAAAGUGCCGUACACCACCGAAUGGGUGGCAUUUCCCGAUAUUGGCGAGGUGCUCUCCGCUGUCGGUGCGCCGCCCACGAGUCAAAGUUACCCGAAGUACAGCGUACCCGCUAUCAUCGACGCUUCGGUGGACCCGCCAGUUGUUCUGUCGGACUCAGCGAUCAUCGCGGACUAUCUCGAGAAAACGUACCCGAAGCCGUCCAUAUAUCCCCAUGGAAGAGAAGCACAGAUCAGGUGGAGUGACGCGAUAAUGGAAAACGUCAUCAGGCGGAUGCCGUUCAUGGUCAUACCCACCACGCCCAAGAUCCUGCCGGAACGCGACGCUGAGUACUUCGUUGGCACCAGGAAGAUGCUUUUCGGUGUCGAUGUCAAAGACAUGGUAGCUCGCAGUCCAGAAGAGGAGGCCGAGAGGUGGCAGGCACUUGAAGAGGGCCUGAGCAAAUUGUCAGCCCUCACGGAUGAGAUUGAGCACGGAGAACGAUGGCUGUUUGGAACUGUACAAGGACCAGGAUAUGCCGACUUUGUUCUGGCUGCGAUGUUCAUCUGGUUCCGGCUGGCAGGCCCUGAGGGAGGUUGGGAGAGAAUCGAGGAUCUGAACGGAGGGAAAUGGAAGAGGCACCUAGCUCAUGUCCAGGAAUAUCAGGAAAUCUUGUAG